CGCAGCUAUGAAACUUGAAAUUAGACAGGGGCAGCGGACAUCACUGGGUACAGUACGCAAACUACAAACAAUCAAGCGCCAAACGACGAGAUGCGCCCGACGAUCGGGAAAAUCCACUCUCCCCAUCGCGCGCGCGCCGAACCCGGAAUCCGUGAGACCCGAAUGGAAACCGGCAACUGCAUCGAGUCUCAGCCUCUCUCAGCCAGCCAUUGACCAACUACCCUGGAGCUAGCUGCUUGCUAGGUAACAGCUUGGUCUGAUUGGACUGACUACAAUUCUCUUGAAUUGCCAUCUGACCUUCUUGCAGUCUGGUCGAGGCAGCAUUGAGAUUGAAUGACGCGACGUGUGUUUGGUGCUCUGUCCAUCUGCCUGCUGUCACUCGCUUCGCCAGUUUUCCCUCUUCCAUAGAAUGAUUUCCUCGUCGGAUGACUCUGUCAUUGCUACCCACUUCUGCUUCUGCCUAUGUUGACGCUUCACCUGCGUUCGCUUGCCUCCGAGCUUGGACUGGCCACUGGCCAUGGCGACAUCCAAUGGCCAGUCGUCGCGGGCUGGGUCGGUUUGGUCUGGUAUACGACCGUGACGCUGGUCUGCUCGCUGGGCACUUAUCAGAUAUGGAAACACUGCCUCCAAAGACCCCAGAAAUCCACCACGUCCUCCUCCGCCCGCUCCAAUAACACCCCUCACAUCACCGCAAUCCGCCCCGUCAAGGGCCUCGAGCCUCACCUCUACGAAUGUCUAGCCUCGACCUUCCGCCAGGACUACCCCCGCGACAAGCUGACUGUCUACUUCUGCAUCUCCACGAAGACCGACCCCGCCUACCCGACCCUCCAGAAACUGGUGUCGGAUUUCCCGCAUGCCGACGCGCGGAUCUUCGUUGAGGACGACGAUCCGCUCCUUCAUUCCGAGGACGGUGGUGGUCAUGCUUCUGCUGCUGCUGCUGCUGCUCCCCCCGCUUACGAGCUGGGUCCGAACCCGAAGAUCCGGAAUAUGAGUCGGGCGUACCGGGAAGCCAAGGGCGAUAUCGUUUGGAUUAUCGAUUGCAAUGUCUGGGUGGGGAAGGGGGUGUGUGGGCGGAUGAUGGAUAAAUUGUGCGGGACAGCAGGCGGCAAACGGUAUAAGUUCGUUCAUCAUCUACCUGUCGCGGUGGAUGUGACGGGGGAGGAAGGUCUAAAGACGAGGAGAGGGGAGCAAGAGGCGUUGCUUGAGUCCUACACCAACGGCUGGGAUGAUGGUGAUGAUGAUGCUGCUGGUGCUGCCGCCGCCGCCGGGCCCCUGACGACCGGGGGUGGCCGGCUGGAGGAGCUGUUCCUGUCGUCGUCGCAUGCGAAGAUGUACACCGCCAUCAACACCGUGCUCAUCGCCCCCUGCAUCGUGGGCAAGUCCAACAUGUUCCGCCGCUCGCAUCUGGACUACCUGACCGCGGCGGCACCGUCGACGACGGCCGCGGCCGCGGAUCGGCGCCGCCGCAACCCGGGCAUCGACUAUUUCUCCGACAACAUCUGCGAGGAUCACCUGAUCGGGGACCUGUUGUGGAAGAGUCCGGUGCGCGAGGAGAAGGAGCUGGGCCAGCGGUGGGGCAAGCACGCAAUGGUGUUCGGGGACCUGGCCUUCCAGCCCGUGGCACACAUGAGCGUGCAGUCGUACGUGGCCCGCCGGGUGCGGUGGCUCCGGGUGCGCAAGUUCACCGUGCUGCUAGCGACGCUGGUCGAGCCCGGGACGGAGUCGAUCCUGUGCUCGUGCUACGGCGCGUGGGGGGUCACGACGGCGCUGGCGCAGUUCCUCGGAAGGAAGGGGUACGCCGCGGCCGAGGCGGCGCUGUCCACCUGGCCCGCUUUCUGGGCGUGCUUCGCGCUGAGCAUGCUCGGGUGGAUCCUCACGGACUGGCUCGUCUACAUCAUGCUGCACUCGGGCCGCACCGUCGAGCUCGACGAGGAUACCCCGUCCUUCGCGCGACCGCCCCCCCAGGGCACCGUCACCCGUCGUCCGUUCCUGCAUUGGCUGGCCGCUUGGCUGGGGCGCGAGGUGCUGGCUUUGCCGAUCUGGAUCUGGGCUUUCUACGGAGGGGUUACCGUGACCUGGCGGGACCGCCGAUUCCGGGUCGGCCUUGACAUGCGGGUGCGCGAGAUUGUUGAUGGCGAUGCCACGACGAGCACGAUACCGGGUCUCUCGUCGUCACGAUCCAGCCCGUCGGGUGCGUCGCAGGAUCGAAACAAGACACGACGAGAUUAGUGGGAACCCAUGAGCCAACGAACCUGACUGGUAUGAUUUGCGCGACCAUUCACUACCUACUUGCCUCUUACCCACAUCCCACCUGCAUUGAUGACAUGACAAGCUACGGUCAGCAAGACAUUAGACGAAACCCAUUUCGAACCAUAAGAUAGACAGCGUCCCCAAAAUGAACAUUUUUUCCCACUGUAUAAAACAUACACCAACGAAGAAUUCUAUACAACACGACCAAACAAAGAAGACCCUAGGGAUUAACCAUACAAAAGAAGAAUCAAA